AUGCGACGGAUCCUUGUCUACAUUUUAUAUUACUUCAUUUUUCCUAUCGCACAGAGUUGCGCUUCUUAUGGCAGUGGCGGGUUUGGCGGGCUGAUCCCGACCCAGCCUCCACCUACUUAUUCCCCGAUUGGCGACUUUACGUGUUGCCUGGUGGCGACGCCGGCGUGCCCGAGCGGCGAAUACACAUCAUUCGUGCUGAUCCAGUUCGAGAAUGGGACCACGUCGUCGCGGGGGAUCGGCGCUAUCGGCCCAAUCCAAUGCACAUCAGCCGGAAAGUGGGAGGUCCAUUUAUCGAGACGACAGCCGGGCAACGUCCGAAAAGUCACCUGCUACCAAUUCUCCACCGACAACCAGCAGUCGCCGAUCGACAUUCUCACCAACGCGAGCACAUACGACCCGAAUUUGACGUUUUUCGACUUGAACUACUACCCCAAUGAUGGGUACCGACUGCAAUGGGGCCACAUAGCGCACGGCUUCUACAUCUACACCACCCCGCCCAACGAUCGAUCCACAUUCACGUCAUCGUCUACCGACGGAAUCCCGUACUACCUAUACCAGAUGCACGGCCAUUGGGGAAAUCCGUUUAUGAACGGGUCCGAACAUUUGCUGGAUGGACAGCGGCUACCUGCGGAGUUGCACUUCGUCCACUACAACCGCGACGAGUACGGCACGUUCGACAACUCUGUCGGAAAACCAAACGGCAUCGCCGUGAUCGCCGUCUUCGUCGAGGUCGGCGCCGCCAACGCCGAGUUCGACAAGAUUCUGCGCCCGAUCCAAGAGGUCGAAGAGCUGACCAAGGAGCACAACGCCACCGAGCAGCAUGAGGUCAUCGGCGUCGGGUUUGACUACGCAAAGAUGAUACCAGAUGAUCAUUCUUACUAUACCUACACCGGGAGUUUGACCACUGGAAACUACCGUACCUGCGUGCAAUGGACCGUGCUGCGCCAAUCGGUCACAAUAUCCCAUGAGCAACGAGAACUGGCGGAAUUUGCGCAAUUUUUGACGACGGAAAAACCAGAGCGCCAAGCCACAAACUCCAAGCCGAUGAUCCCGACGAAAGAGGAGUAUUUUGAGUGGGCUGAUGAGAAUGAGGAUGAAGGAGAGGAAUUCUAUGAGAGCAACGACGGCCUCGUCCAGAGCCUUCAGAAGCUGUACGACGACGGCAGCAAAAAGAUGACCUUCCAGCAAUUCCUCAUCACCCUCCAAAAGGCUCUCAAGCGGCAGAAGAAGCAAAAGCGUUCAGCACCGCUACUAAUUACAGCGAGGCCGGAGCAGAUUUUC